GUCGAGCUGCUUGACUUCAAAGGCGAGGACUUGUUUGAGGAUGGAGGGAUAAUCCGGAGGAUCAAGAGGAAAGGAGAAGGUUACUCCAACCCUAACGAAGGCGCUACGGUGGAAAUUCACCUGGAGGGAUUCUGCGGUGGCACCAGGUUCGACUGCAAAGACGUGAAGUUCGUCGUGGGCGAAGGGGAGGACCACGACAUCCCCAUCGGCAUCGACAAAGCCCUGGAGAAGAUGCAGAGGGGAGAGCACUGCAUCCUCUACCUCGGGCCACGGUACGGCUUUGGCGAGGCGGGGAAGCCGAAAUACGGCAUCCAGGCGAACGCGGAGCUGGUGUACGAGGUUACGCUGAAAAGCUUUGAAAAGGUGAGGGUAGGACGGGAACGCCGGUCCCUGCCGGGGACCGCGGUGUUUGUCCUUUGUUCUUCUCUCUUGCUUUGGUUUAUUUUUCUGGCUGGGGUCCAAGGCUGG